AUGGCUCCAAUCCGUAAGAAGAGGCCAGCUAGGCCCCAAGUCGAGCCAGACUUCCUCGGCAGUGAGCCGCCGCCUCAAACAGGCACAACGUUCAAUAUCUGGUACAACAAAUGGGCGGGUGGCGAUCACGAGGCAUACCAACAGACGAAAGCGAAGGGACGCUGCAACAUCGCUCGAGAUAGUGGAUAUACGAAAGCCGAUGGUGUAUCUGGCAGCCAUUUCUGCUUGUUCUUUGCCCGCGGUCUGUGUCCGCGAGGAGCGGACUGCACGUACCUACAUCGACUUCCACGGCCAGACACCAUCGUGUCGCCAAACGUGGAUUGCUUCGGCAGAGACAAAUUCUCAGGCUACAGAGACGACAUGGGCGGUGUUGGAAGCUUCUUGCGCCAGAACAGAACGGUUUAUAUUGGCCGCAUCCACGUAACCGAUGAUAUCGAAGAGAUUGUCGCACGGCACUUUGCUGAAUGGGGGAAGAUUGAGCGCAUUCGCGUGCUGAACUCCAGAGGUGUUGCUUUUGUAACAUAUGUCAACGAAGCAAAUGCAGAAUUUGCCAAAGAAGCCAUGGCACAUCAAUCCCUAGAUCACGACGAAGUAUUAAACGUUAGAUGGGCAACGGAAGAUCCCAACCCCAUGGCGCGAGCUAGAGAAGCGCGACGGAUCGAAGAGCAAGCUGCCGAGGCAAUUCGGAGGGCACUGCCUGCGGAAUUCAUUGCUGAAAUCGAGGGCAAAGAUCCCGAGGCAAGAAAACGGAGGAAAGUGCAGAGCAGUUACGGGCUGGAAGGCUACGAAGCCCCAGAUGAAAUCUAUUUCGCUCAAGGCCCUAACGCAAUCAAUCCUGCUGGGAGACAAGGAUAUGAGGUGGAUCACCAAGAACAGGCCAUGAUUGAAGAUGGGACAGCUGGAGAGUCAGAGGUUCCGGCCGCACAAGAGCAGCAGCAGUCACUUCCUCAGAGCGCGGGAGUAUUCUCGAGCAGCACCUUGGCUGCGUUGAGUAAAGCAAAAAUUGCAGUGUCCUCGAAACCAGCGACACCUGCAUCUACCGGUCCCUUGGUUGCAUAUGAUAGCGAUGACGAUGAGUAA